AUGACGGAAAAAUCUUUAACGGCAAUGGCUGAGAUGGCCGAUCGGAUCCAUGAAAUUCGACCCGAAAAAGGCAAAAUCGCGAAAGUGUCCGAAAAUUCUGAAGUCGCGCUUCUACGCGAAGAACUUACAAAAUUGCGCACGGAAAUCAGUGCUAUUAGUAAAGGACCGCGAGGACGAGGCCGAUCGAGAGGAAGAAGUCAGUCGCGCGGCCGAAAUGCAUCUCGAAGUCGCGAACCGGGUUCAGACGAUGGUCCCAGCAGAACUAGUCGCAUUUUCGUGACAGAUAAAAUGACGAAAAUCGCCUUUUUAAUCGACAACGGAGCCGACGUUAAUGUUUUUCCGCGAAAACGUGUUGGUGGACACUUACGCAAGAACGAAUACGAACUUUACGCGGCAAAUAACACACGUAUAAUAACGUACGGUACGAUGGCCGUCGAUCUCGACUUAUCUCUGAGAGGUAGCUUCAAAUGGCGAAUGAUAGUAGCGGAUAUUGAUACGCCUAUCAUCGGCAUGGACUUUCUUAUUUAUUACGGACUUCUCGUCGAUCCGAAAAAUAAACGUCUCAUCGAUUCGGAAACCGGGUUAACUACACAAGGCCAAUUAACAUGGGACAAACACAGUUCCGUCAGGACUAUCGUCGAACCCGCUAAACAUGAUGUGAAGCACUACAUCAAGACCACGCCCGGACCCCCAGAGUUCUGCAGACCAAGACGGCUUGCACCUGAUCGAUACAAGCAAGCGAAAACGGAAUUUGACAUGAUGAUGCAACAAGGAAUCAUUCGUCCGUCGAAGAGCCCCUGGGCUUCACCCUUACAUAUGGCAGUGAAAAAAGACAACGGAGUGCGGCCCUGUGGUGAUUAUCGUGCGCUGAACGCUCGCACGGUACCGGACAGGUACCCUGUCCCUCACAUCGAGGACUUCGCCAGGACUCUUCACGGACGUGCAGUAUUCUCCACAAUAGAUCUGGUAAGAGCAUAUCAUCAAAUCCCUGUAGCGCCGGAGGAUGUGGAAAAAACAGCGGUAACCACACCUUUUGGUCUAUUCGAAUUUUUAUGUACACCUUUCGGAUUGCGUAAUGCUGCGCAAACUUUUCAGCUGUUCAUUGAUCGUGUACUGAGCGGUUUAGAUUUUUGCUAUGCGUACAUUGACGCCAUUCUUGUUGCUUCAAAAGAUCAUUUAGAACACGAGGAACAUUUGCGAUUACUGUUUAAACGGUUAAGUGAAUAUGGGCUCGUUUUAAAUUCCGGAAAAUGCAUUUUUGGCGAAAAUCAAAUCAAAUUUCUAGGCUACAUUGUUGACGAACAGGGUAUUCGACCAGAUCCAGAACGCGUAGAAGCGAUAAAAAAUUUUCCAAAACCGACGACUGUAAAAAACUUAAGGCAAUUUUUAGGUUCCGUGAAUUUUUAUCGCCGAUUUAUACCAGAUGCUGCGAAAAUUCAACCGAAUGCCACGAUGCUAGCUCACCCCGUUACUGGGGCUGCAUUGUCGAUAAGCGUAGAUGCCUCCGACUUCGCGAUGGGAGCCGUGUUACAGCAAUUGGUCGACGAGGAUUGUAGAAUAUGGGCGAAAACAUGCAUUCCCUGUCAACGCGCGAAGGUUACAAGACAUGUCACAGCGCCUAUCGGAAAAUUCGGUGAAACGGAUGGAAGGUUUGAGCAUGUACACCUGGACAUCGUGGGUCCUUUGCCAAGCUUCUUAGGAUUCAGGUAUUGCGUAACAGCGGUCGAUCGUUUCACCCGCUGGCCUGAAGCAAUCCCAGUGACCGACAUCGAAGCUGCAACGAUCGCACGAGUGUUUAUCAGCGAAUGGAUAUCGCGAUUUGGAAUUCCCUUGAAAAUCACAACCGAUCAAGGACGACAGUUCGAGUCAAAACUUUUCGAAGAGUUGACUCAAGUUAUAGGAACCAAGCACCUGCGUACGACAGCUUACCAUCCAGCGUCGAACGGCAUGGUCGAGAGAUUACACUGA